GCGCCUUUGCUCCACGCUGUCCGUCUCUCCUGCUAAAGUCACCUUUAUCUUUAGUACAACCCUGAGCAGUUACCGCUUCACCUCUCUGCCAUCAUGACUGGCCGGAAAUUUUUCGUCGGUGGAAAUUGGAAGAUGAACGGCGAUAAGAAGAGUCUUGGGGAGCUCAUCAACACCCUGAACAGCGCGAAGCUCAACGCCGACACCGAUGUGGUCUGUGGCGCUCCGUCCAUUUACCUCGACUUUGCCAGGUCCAAGCUCGACGCUAAAAUUGGUGUGGCUGCGCAGAACUGCUACAAGGUUGCCAAAGGUGCCUUCACUGGAGAGAUCAGCCCUGCGAUGAUCAAGGACUGUGGUGUGGAGUGGGUGAUUCUGGGACACUCGGAGCGGCGCCACGUGUUUGGGGAGAGCGAUGAGCUGAUCGGACAGAAGGUAGCUCACGCUCUCGAGAGUGGACUUGGUGUGAUUGCUUGUAUUGGGGAGAAGCUGGACGAGAGAGAGGCUGGGAUCACCGAGAAGGUCGUCUUCGCACAGACCAAAGCCAUCGCAGACAACGUUAAGGACUGGAGCAAGGUGGUGCUUGCGUACGAGCCUGUCUGGGCCAUCGGCACUGGUAAAACCGCAUCGCCACAACAGGCACAGGAAGUGCAUGACAAACUCAGGCAGUGGAUGAGCACCAACGUUUCUGAGGCUGUCGCUAAUUCUGUUCGGAUCAUCUAUGGAGGUUCAGUUACUGGAGGAACCUGCAAGGAGUUGGCCUCCCAGAAAGAUGUGGAUGGCUUCCUGGUGGGUGGAGCUUCGCUGAAGCCCGAGUUUGUCGACAUAAUCAAUGCCAAAGCGUAAGAGAAACCUGAAAGAGGAACAAGCGGCGCAACCUACGCCAAUUUCGUCACCAUUUUAGUUCUAACGUAAAGCACUUCUGUCCCAUUCGAACUAAAUCUUUUCCUCCCAACUCGCUCCCCCAAGUAUUCGUGCUGCCGGUGCUGCAUCCAUUUCCCUUGUUUGUGCAUUUGUCCUCAAAAGAUUUAGUCUGGAUGUGAUUGGCACUUAAAGUGAAGUUGUUCUCACACAGAAAGGAGAUGUUAGCUCUCCACACUAAUGAUGAAAAAAGAUCUACAUGAAUUAGCACUGGGCUUUUAGGCCAUGCCUUUGACUAUGUUUACCAACUUUAUUUUUUGUGUGCAUAUACACUCAGACAAGAGCAGAUUACUGUGUCUUUAGUACAUUUCCCUCUUGCUCUAUGUUUUGUGACUUAAGUUAAAAUGCAUAACCUGCUUUCUGGACACUGUGUCUUGAAGCUGUUCACCAUGUGUCCUAAGCAGGCACAGGACGGUUAAAGCAAGUGUAAGCACCUUGUAAUAAAUGUGAAAGUAGAACCAAAAA